AUGAGCAAGUUAGUUGAAUUUGAAGCCAUGACACUCACUGAAGAGUAUAGUUCAAGAAUCUUUAAAAAUGUUAAGCUUCUAACUAAACAAAAAGAUCCAGGUAGUUUCACGGUACAAGUAACUAUUGUUAAGUAUAGUAAUGCAAGAGGUCUCUGUGAUCUAGGUGCUAGCAUAAACUUGAUGCCUAGAUCUAUGCUUAAGAAAUUAGGCCUCGAAGAACAUAAAUCAUCAACCAUUUUGUUACAAUUAGUUGAUCAUUCUGUAGCUAGACCAAAUGGUAUUAUUGAGGAUGUUUUAGUUCAAGUGGGAUCCCUUAUCUUUCCUUCUAAUUUUGUUGUAUUAGAUUUUGUGCCUGACCCAGAUGUUCCUUUUAUCUUUAGGCGUACGUUCUUAGCAAUAGGAGGUGAAAUUAUUGAUGUGGAUGUAGGUAGAUUGACGAUGAGAUUAUAUGAAAAAAUGGAGGUGUUCGAUGUAUAUCAAACACUAAAGUUGCCUGCAGUCUAUGAAGAGUUGUCUAUUAUAAUUGUCAUCUAUGAGGAAGUCUCAUCUCAAUGCAUUUUAGCAAAAGAUUCUUUGGAAAGAGUUGUGAUAGGUCAAGAUAUUGAAGAGGACAUGGAAGCUUAA